AUGGCGCGCACCGCACAGCACAGCUGCUCUAUCAGCGACGUGGUGCUGCUGGCCCCCGAGCGCGAGGUGGGGGCGCGCAACGAGCGGCGGCUGGUGGCGGUGGUGUGCAACAAGGAGGCCGGCUUCGAGGUCAUACACGGCCUGCUCAACAGGGUCAUGGAGGCACUCGGGGUGCCCCUCGCAGCACAGGGCACCAGCAGUAGCAGCAGCAGCAGCAGCAGCAGCAGCCCCGACGCAGGUCCCAAGGCGGGCUACAGCUGGCAGCCCAGCAGCCACCCCUCCUUCUUCCCGGGGCGCCAGGCGACAAUUCACGCGAGCGGCCAGCAGGUGGGCAUCUUUGGCGUCGUGCACCCCGAGGUUCUCGCGGCGUUCGACAUCACCAACGCCGUCUCGGCGCUGGAGCUCAACAUCGAGCCGUUUUGCUUCGACCAGUUCGGCCGCUCCCUGCUCCGGCGGCUCGACUGA